CGAAAAGGUUAUGUAACACAAUCGUGCCAGUCGUGGUUCACAUCCAGAAUACAGCUUAGAGGAAUCUUUUGAUUUACCAUCCACAAAAUAUGGCACCGAAAAGAGAAUUUACUUGGAAGGAACUGAGUUCUUUGAAUCAGGAGGACAAUGCUCAUGUUGCUGUUCGCGGAAAGGUGUACGACGUGAGUACGUUUCUCAACCGACAUCCUGGCGGUAAAGAUGUGUUGCUUAUUGGAGCUGGAAGCGAUGUCACCAUUGUGUUCGAAACUUACCACGCUUUCAGUGACUCAGUUUCAAAGGUUAUGGAAAAGUAUUAUGCUGGAGAACUGAUCUCAGAUGAAUUUCCCACCUUUCCUGAACGUGGGCCCUUUUAACAAACUGUGAGGAAGCGUGUUAAGAACUACUUCAAGGAAACAAAUCAGGAUCCUAAGUUCUCAGGGUGGAUGUGGUUACGUUACAUUGGAAUCCCAGCUGUUCUACUUCUUUUGUGGAGUGCACAGAUGUUCUGGCUGUCCCACAGUUUUUUCUUGUCUUGUAUUGCUGCUGCUUUCAUGGGAUGGAUGUGAGCUUUAAUUGGACUGGUGAACAAUCAUGACUCCAGUCACUGUGCUGUGACCAGUCAUCCUACACUCUGGAGAGUUGUUGGUCACGUUCAUGACUUCUUAAAUGGAGCAUCGUUCUACAUUUGGAUUUAUCAGCAUGUUUUUGGUCAUCACCCUUACACUAACAUUGAUGGAAUGGAUCCUGAUAUUGUCACCUCUGAGGAUGAUGAUGAUAUUAGACGGAUUAAAUGGACUCAAAAGUGGGUACCUCGUUACGUGUAUCAACAUGUCUAUGUGCCUCUUGUUUACUGUUUGCUUGGUCUCAAGACAAGGAUCCAGGAUAUUACCAUAUUAUUCUUUACAAAGAAAAAUGGUGUUAUUCGAAUAAAUCCUCCAUCCAGUUCCCAGUUAACUGUAUUUAUUAGCGGCAAGCUGUUCUUCCUUCUGUACAGAGUGAUAAUUCCUUGUUUUUUGCUCUCAAUUUGGAAAGUGAUCGUGCUCUUUAUCAUCGCGGACAUGGUUGCUAGCUAUUGGUUAGCGCUAACCUUCCAAGCAUCCCACGUAGUGAGCGAGGUAGAUUGGGUUGAGCCAGGAAAGGAUGGAAAAAUGACCGAAGACUGGGCUGAGCUGCAGAUACAGACAACGCAAGACUAUGCAACUGACAGCUGGUUUUUCAACGUGUUCACAGGGGCCUUGAACCAUCAGACUACACACCAUCUGUUCCCAGGCGUGAGUCAGAUAUACUAUCCACAGAUUACUCCCAUCGUCCGUGAAACGUGCAAGGAGUUUGGGGUGAGAUACAAUUACAAGGAGACAUUCUUCCAGGCGCUUGGUUCGCAUAUCAACCAUCUCAAGACAUUGGGGCAGGAAAGAGAAAAACCACAAUUUGCUUGAUCCAGGAAGGACUGAUUUUGACGAUGACCACUUGAAAGAGAGUGGAAUGGAAUCCUUAGAAAUUUCAAGAGUUGCACUAUUGUCUUUGCUUUUACCGAAUUCGUCUUAUAGGGAAGUUGUUGCCGUCCUUUUUUCCCAAACUCAACAUUCCUUUCCAUAAUAUCAUUCAAGCCAGCUAACCUUUUUGUAGAAAUUUAGGAACAAAACUCACUUAGAUUCAUUGCUGUUAAAUUUGUCACCUAGAGAUGAACCGGCAAACUGGCUCUGUAUCUUAAGGGGAAGUUCUCUGGGACUUGUUCAGGGAAUUGACAAACCGAGCCACCUUUCUCUUCGAGGGAGGGGUAGAAAAGAGGUGGCCAUAAGCUUCUACAUCUUAAAAAAACGCGUUUUGGCCAAUUUUUUUGCCCGCCCUCAGCACCGGUUAAAGUGGCUUAUCACAGUUUAAAUCCCUUGUGCUUUAAGAAUGAGUUAGUGCUAUCAUUUUCUCACUACAAGUUUCCAUAGCAACUUUUAGGCCUUCAAAAAAUCCUCAAUUGUUUUAUCCCCGACGUUUUGCAGAUUUGAAAAAAGGACAUCUAACUGGGGCUAUAAUGAAAGAGCUAUGAAGGAAAUUUUACCGUUCUAUAAUCCUACCAAAUGAUAUCUCGCUGCCGAGUUAAUGAGUAAUUUCAGGAAAAUUGUACUAAGUAAUGAACACCGAACACUGCAAAAGUCAUUGCCUUCCAAGCAGGUGUGAUGAAGAAAGUACAUGUUACCACAGAGAACCGUUAGGGUAGACACAUCAGUAGAAGACAAAUGUAAGAGGAUAACUACGUGUGUAAGCUAUUUUCGUUUGUGUUUGUUUUCGAUCUGUCCGCUGCUGUUUCAUAAUAGGCUUGACUUAAACGCUGGAGAAAGGAAGAAUUAAGUCGAUGAUGUAUGCUAAGAGUUUGCAGUCAAUUACGGAGAGAUGUUUGGAAUUCUCUACCGUGUGUAAACUUAGUAACAGGAACUCGAAUGAAAAAAUUCUAGUUCUGAGACACAUUGGUAAAGAGCUUAUGUUAAAAGUUUCAUAAAUAAAGGGGGAUGAGUUUCUAAAGAAACUGAGGUGCUACGUUGGCGGGGGAGUGUAUCGAGAUAAUUUAGUUUUAUCAACUGAUUUGAUAAAUGUAAAUAGAGUCCGUCCACUGCUGUCUCGUAGGUUUGCCUUAAGGUUUGAAUGAGGUAGAAAAUAAAAAUGUAAUUUUAUGCAAAAA